GGAAAAGAGAUACGAUGGUCAAGACUUCACAGAGGAAGUGUCAUGAUUGGGUAAACCAAUCCAAACCAAAGCCUGACUUAAGCAUCUCCAUCCCUUUGAGGAUGUCCAGUAACAUAUUCAAGAGUCCAGUUACGAGAAUCACAUCCCACCCGGGCAAUGAGGUCAGAUAUCAUCAGUGGGAGGAAACCUUGGACAAGCCCCAACAGGUGUGCUGGCAGAAGAGACUUCAAGGACUCCAGGCCUGCAGCAGCACAGGACAACUCUUAAGUCCUUUCGAUCUUACCAAAGCCCUGCAAACACUUGUGCCUAGUUGCACAGGUGAGUCCCUGCCUGGUGUUCUCACAGGGGGUCCUCGCGGCCGCUCCAUGUCCAACCCUGCCAGGUCCUCACAUGGGGCAGAGAUGAUUCCAGGAGCUGGUCUGAGCAUCCCACAGCUCCCCUGCAAACAAUUCCUGGUAACCGAGAAAGAUAUCAAGAAACAGGAAAGGAAAAUGAAGAUGGCAAGAGAGAGACUGGCGAGAGCGUUAAUUGCAGACAGACUCGCUAGUGAGACAGAGAAAGUGAGGGACCAAGAAGAACAUCCUGAAAAACACUAGGAAAAAAAAAAGAGAAGACGGUGCAGGUGAAAUGGAGAACAACACGUUGUUAAUGUCUCUUUGCAGUGUCCCGAAUGUUUUCUUGCUUGGAGCUUUUAAAACUUUAAAAUAUACCAAUGUGUGUCUGUAUUAAACUUCUUCAUGUGACAUAGGAUAUAUAGACAGUGAUCUUUUUGAGGUGAGAGAUUUGGUUCCAGGUGAAGAGAGAAAGAUCUUUCCUUUUCAUGUUGUACUCUCAUUUUCCUUUGCUAUGUGUGUUAUUUACUUGUACUUUAAAGUCAACAGAGAGUUAUCAAAGUCAUGGGGUUAUUUGGUGUUUUGCCCUCACAGUCACAAAGUAAAACCUACCAGUCAGAAUGGAUUGUCCUUUUUGUGUAAUAUUCCUGUAGAUUCCAAAAUAGUAUUUUAUUAAGGAGCUUUUAUAUUUAUGUUCUAAAAUAAGAUAUCUUCUUCUAGGUCUGUAUUUUUUCUGUCCUUUGUUGCACAUUAACUUAGAGUUGCAUAUAAUGAAAUACCAGACUUGCCUUCAUUUUUUAGAUUUAUAUGUGUUUCAAUUUAGUUCAUGAAGAUUGACAUGCCAUUUGGGAGAUUACAAUAUCAAGAGAGACUGUUUUUAGCAUCAUUGAUCUAACAAUGAGCUACUGCUUGUUGGGAUUUAUUUGUCUAUUUACCUGAUCAAGCAUGUUGUAUUAUCAAAUCCUCUUUAUCAUUACUAAAUUUGUGUAACAUAUUUAUCACUUCCUGAGAGUAAUUAAACAAUAAUAGAGUA